CGCCUGACUGGAGUCAGCACCAGUACCUAAGUAUAAAUAGGUCUACCCUCCACUCCCUCCUCACUUACAGACCGAAGAGGGAAAACCACGUUGACCCGUUACAAACUUUCUAAACGAUUAUUGACACCAUGAAUUGUGUUGUGGCACUGAUGUUCGUGAUGCUGGCCUGUGCGGUCGCGCAGAAUCCGGACAAGUUCAUGCAGCGGAUGGUUGCCAAGAUGAGGAGAGAAAUGGGCGAGACAGCUGUAGGAGAGUCCGCGGCUAUAGUAGAUCGCUAUAGUAAGAGAGGAGUCAGUGCCGGUGAUGCGGCUAAAUACGUAGAGGCCCAUAACGAAGCCAGACAUAGAGCUAGGCCAACACCAAAGGACGAACCCGAUAUGGCCUGGGAUGCGUCGCUUGCCACUCUAGCUCAGUCUUACGCCGACCGAUGCAUUUGGGGUCAUAACGCCCAGCGUUCUAAUGGCCAGAACUAUCCGUAUGUCGGGGAGAACCUUUUUGUGACCACAGCCCAAGAUGGAGUGGAGCCCUCAGCAGCAGUAGAGGCUUGGGAAAGCGAGGUCAAGGAUUACCACUUCGACACCAUGAAAUGUAAUGCAGGAAAGAUGUGCGGUCAUUAUACACAGGUUGUGUGGCAUGAUUCUACCCACGUUGGAUGUGGUGUUAAGGUCUGUCCUACCCUCCAAAAUAGUUCCUUUAAAAAGGCAACACUGAUUGUCUGCAACUACGGACCAGGGGGCAAUUUCCAAGGAGAACAUCCGUACGAAGUUUAGAUAAAGUUUGCGAAAUCUCGAGAUGACCUACUUUUGGAUACAGAUGCAUUCUAUCUGUAAAUAAUGUAUUUUAUCGUGGGCAAUGUAUAUUGAUUGAUUAUUAAAUAUUUCAACGUU